AUGGUUGUCCGUCGAAAUGGAACUAUACUCAAGUGGACUUGCUUCGCAAUCCUCUUGUCCAUCAACAUCAGCGUUUUCUGUGUAUGGAUUCCUGCUCGCCUUCAAAUCAGUGAGAAGUACAUACAUGUCAAUGAAAUUUGGGACCGCAUGGAAAAGGUCCUCUUCGCCAUCAUGGACGCAGCCCUCAACUUUUAUUUCAUUUGGGUUGUUAAGCAGCGUUUGGUGGCAAACGGUCUUGAAAAGUACACCCGUUUGUACCAUAUGAAUAUGUUUCUCGUCGCAAUCUCAAUUGCCCUGGAUGUACUCCUUAUUGGAAUGAUGUCUUUACCAAACAGCUUCGUCUACGUCCAGUUUCACCCUCUUGUUUAUCUCUGCAAACUCCACAUUGAGAUGAACAUGGCAGACCUUAUUGGCAAGGUUGUCCGAGCCGGCAACAACCAGGCAGAUGGAACGCACGAUUACAGCUCUCGCUCUCGAACUACUGUCAAAACUGGUGCCCGACCUGCCGGAGCCAGUCGAUUUGGAGGCGGUCUCACACGGACACAUAUCGAACUUGGCGAAGAAGAUGAGAUCGAACUCAAGCAUCGCGAGAACCUCGAAGGAAUCAAGAAGACUAUCGUUACAGAGGUCAUUCGACAGCCAAACAGCGAAGAUGACGAAAUCAUGGAACAUCACGAGAGAGCAGUCAGUGAGGCGAGCUCUACGAAUGCUCGACACGAGCCUUAUAGUAUUGAACAUGCGAAAUAA